AACAACAAAAGUUUUCAUGCUCCGAAAUGAGAGUAAAUUUCAGUACUGUGAUCUAUAUUUGAUAUUAUUUCUAAUUUUAAGUCAAUUAAAAUUGUAAUUAACGUUUUACUAUUAGCAACAGUGAAGUAAUAUUAUUGGACAUUUAAUUUAAUUAAGUUUUAUUUUUUAUGUUGGCAGUACUGGUUAUUAUGUAGAUUCAAGAAUAAAACGCGGGCAAUUCUCGAGUCAAAUGACAACACGAAUCUCAAGAGAAUAUUCUUAUAUACUCCUUGCUAGAGAGGAACUUUAGUUUUGGUUAAUAUAUUUUAUCCUCAUCGCCAUAAGUUCACGAUUAUUUGUGAGGUGCAGUAAGAAUGGAAAAAUUAACAUUUAGCAAUUUGCUGCAGCUGUUUGAAGAAAAACCUCCAGAUCGUGCUGUUCGGCGCAUUCUAAGUUUGGGUACUUUGAAUUUGCAGAAAAAAGAUUUUGUGUGUUUGUUGUCAUAUUUGCUGGAAAUUAUCCACCCAAAAGGAUAUGAAAAGCUGCCAAAUGCAAACAUCUCAAAAUCUGAAGAACGCCGUUUUCGUGGGAGUAUAUGUACGCUAUUGUCAGAAAUUUCAGAGAUGUACCCUGAAGCUCCCCCGUUGCCUAAUGUUCUGCCAUCACACUUGAUUCAGCCAAUCGGAGAAAAUAUCACGUGCUUGUUGUGGAAGUUAUCGAUGAUUGCGCUAAUUGCUGUUCUUCAAAAGAAUCAUGACAUCGAAGUGGAAAAAUAUCCAGCCGGGGACCAUGUUCCAAGAACUGUAUGUAACUACUUCAAACAUCUGGCAGUCGAAAAUGAAGCAGCAGUCGAUAACUGCGUACAAGAAAAAGAAGCUUUAGUUAAAAUGUUUGUGGAUGAAAAAAGGGACUUGCGUGCAACAAUUGAUGGUAUCAAGCAAGAAACAGAGGUCCUUAGAGGAAUCCUCAAGGAUGCUGUUGGCAGCCUGGACCUUGAUGGAACCUUCAAGAUUCAGCUGGCCGACUUGAAUACACAGCCUGAAAUCGCAGGCAUUCAAGCCAGCUUGGAUGAGCGUUUCAGGGUGUUCGAGGCAGUCUUAAACAAUUUGGAGUCAUGCCCUGGACUGGCUGAAGAUUGUCGGAUGUUACUGGAGUAUCACGAAUGCCAAAAAGUUACCCCUGUGUACCUUUGUGGGGAUGGGCUACUCCAGAAGUUUCCACACAUGAAUAGAUUUAAGAAUGACGAAUUUUCUCUGAAGAAAAUUCUGGAACACCUUUCAGAGAAAUUAGAAAUAUUCCUUAAAGACAUGGCAUGCUUCAAAACGCUUUAUGAAGAACACGAAGUAGAAGCGUUGUCACUUCUGGAGGUUCAUGCCCAAGAGGUUGCGGCAUGCAGGACACAGCUUGAACAUGUUGCGGAAGUGUACAGGGAUAAGUAUUGGGCGAUGAUGGUCCCCUCUCUGCGAUGGCGAGAGGAAGCGUCUGUGCAAGAGCCAUAUUUUGAACUAUGCAAAACUGUGAGCGAGCUUGCCUGUCUACCAACAUCAAAUCUUAAACUAUCUCCAAGAAAAAAAAUGGAACAUGUACAGACCAAAUUCAAGAAAGAUUGGUUCGGACGGCCAGACGUGCAGUGUGCUUCACCUAACUACAUGUACUUCUUCAAGUCCAAAGAUACCACUGCAGGAAGAAGCGAGGACUUCAAGCUGCCAAUGUCCAGCCGGGCGGGGGAUCUGGAUGAGAGGCUCCCGUUCUCCACGAUAAAGAAACCGCAGGCACAGUUGAGCCUUAGAGCGCAUGAAAGAGUCAGACAUGCCAUCUUCUCGCCAGAUUCUCCGCUCAGAGUCGAAAGUGGGAAUGAUAGCUUUCCAGAAGUCAAAAUGUCCAAGAGUCUUGAAAAGGAAGUACGAAAAGUUUUGACACCAUCUGAUGCAGACUGUCUAGAUGCUUACACUACUACUCCUCCACAUAAAUAUCCAGAUACUUCAGAUGCUUCCGAUGGAAGUAUUGUUCAUUUGUCGCAAAUCAGCAUGCCAUUGCUCAAUCUCUCUGGUAGCAGUGAAGACUCUGACAGGCUGGAUUUUUAGAAUAAGUGGAAAUAACUGUUACACUUGUUAAAUAUUAUUUUGUGUGGAUGGUGACAUUUUUUUGUGAGUUCUGUACUUGUAAUAUUGCUCAUUAUGUCAUUGGUAAACACGAUUAAAAAUGAUUUGUUUAUUUUAACUUGGUUUGUUAAUUUUGUUCUUGAAAAUAAUAUGUGUAUGUAAAGUAUAUAAGUUAUAAUAAAAGUUGGUAAAAAAAUGUUGCAAUCCAA